ACUGUGCCAAAGUGUCUGUUGGCUGAUGCCAACUUGUUAGAGGAUUUUUAUGCUGCUCCUUUAAUUCAAAUAUUUAAAGAGCAGCAGUCGCUGCCUAUGACAGAGCUCACAUAUCCAACCGCGAACCCUUAUUUCAAAGCUUUCGUCGAUUGUUUUGUAUAUAGAUUUUUUAACAGCUAGAACAUGUUAUGCUGGCCUCACAAUGGAUGAUAUUGAGUUUGUGAGGGCCAAAGUAAAACAAAUAUCGAAUUCAGUUACAAUUUUUAACAAAAAAAAAAAGAUCAAAAUGUCCGUAUCUAUAAACAAGCCACCAUGCUCACAACGGACAUUGUAAAGGCGUAUUUUUCUUCUGAGCACGUCAAAAAAAUGAGAAAACCACUCUUAACAAAUAAUACUCUCAGUAAAACUGGGUGUAUCGAUUAUUUGAUGGUGAUGAUCUGCUUGGUGAACGCCACACGUUCCUCCAAUCUGAUAUCAAUAUCAAUUGGAGACGUUAAUAAAAUGGUGCCCAGCCAGAAAAAGCCAGAUUACCAGUAUGGAAAUAGCCAGGAAAUAGCCAAGUUGCCAGUAUGGAAACAAAGUAAUACUUCUCGAUGAAACUCUAAGAGAUGAGGUAAUGAUGUACAUCAAGUGUUACCGAAGUAAAAAUAAAAGUAAAAUUGGAUGUUCCUCAAAGGACCCAGUGUUUAUCUCCAGCAGGUCAUAUGUGCUUACUCAUUCCGCAAUUGCUAACGGGAUGAGCACAUCUUUUAGAAAAUCUAAAGCCCUCCUGGAUAUUGAUAGUGAGUUUAACAACGAUCGCGUCUGUCCGACAAAAAUCAAAAUUAGUAUUGCCACCGAAAUGUGUGGUCUGGGUGACGAGAACGUCGACAGGUUUGCUCGUAGCUACAUGAAAAACAAAACAACUACAACACUGAAGUUUUACUUGGCCCGAUUUGCUCUGAGAACUGCCGCCCUUCAUAGCUGGAAAGUAGGAACUCAAUUUGAUGUACUACGAAAUGUCCUGGAAGUAAAACCCACACCUUCCGAUGUUAAAGUUAAAUUGGGUUGGCAAAAACAGUAGAACAAUAGAAAAAGAAUUCCCCGGGACGAGUUACGUCGACCAGGAGCUGUGCAAUUUUUUAGAGAUGGAAAUUGCGGAUGAAACAUUACCAGAAACGUCCGAUCAAACUGAAACCAACAAAAAACCGACAGGUCAAUGCUCUUGUAAUGAAGUAUCUGAUAAGAUUUGGUCUCUUAAAGCCUCGUCAGAAUUGCCAAAAAAGAAAAAGAUCCGAAUUAUUGAGGAUAAUAGCGAAGGUGAAAUAGAAAGCAUUGCUGACGUUGUUGAAGUAGAUCAUAGCGAUUUGAUUGAUGAUCAUCACGUUUUAUUAAGAAUGACAAAAGCGGAUAUUAUAAAGGUGUAUGAUAAACCUCAAUCCAACGACUUCUACAAAACAAGAAGUUCCAAGAACAGUCGUUCAUCGCUUUUAGCAAUUGCAUUGGUCGGUGAACGACUAAUAAUGACUGGUGAGAUUACACGUGAAUUUUGGAGAGACGAGGAAGUAAAGCUCCAAGAAUCGUCUUUUUUGUUAGACCUUUACAGCGACAUUGAAUGGGAAGGCAUUCGAUGGAUCCUUAAGAAUAUGCACAACAAGUAUAAACAAAAUAAAAACUCAAACUUCAGCAACUUCGUAGCAGAAGCUAGAAGUAUAAUGAGAGCACUAAGAAGUACUCAAGGAAAAUAACUGUGUUUUGUUAAUUUACUUAUAUUUGAAUAAACCUGUUUUGUUUA